AUGAUUUCUAAAAUAAUUGCACGUUCUGCCAGACUUGCUCGUCCCACUAACACUCUUCGUCGUGGAGGUCACGGUACUCCUUCUUACAACGAACCCGGAGGAUAUCUUUUCGCUGAAAAGGUCCGUGUAAAGGAAGAUUGGGAAAACAUUUACUACAUUGGUAUGGGUGGUGGAUUUGUUGCCAUGGCCGUUGCCUUGUACUAUAAGCCCGACACCAGUGUUGUUUCUUGGGCCAAGAAGGAAGCCGAAAAGUCUUUGAAGGAAAAGGGUGUUGUUCUUGAAUUCACAAAGACUGCAUAAAUUUUUGUUUUUUUUUACCUCUCAGCUAAAAUAUCAUUAAAAAAUUAAAUUAAAAUAUUCACUUUAAAAAAAA